AUGAAGUCAUCGAUAUCCCAUCUUUUGACUACUCCACUCUCCACCGCCACCUCUGCUGCCGCCGCCGGCUCCGCUGACGCCACAUACCAACUGCCAUUCAUCCAUGCCCCUGCCGCCACCACCAACAUCAACAUCUCUCGUCCACUUUCCAAGAGUACCCCCAGCUUCCAUCACCAUCAUCAGCACCAGCAGUCGCCAGUCAGCUCGCCAAAGUCCGUCAGCUCAUCGCCCAAGUCCGAUGAGAGCAGUGAGCCAGAUGCAGAGUUUGACAUUGAUUUGUUGAGAUCGAUGGCGGACAACCCUUGUUGUCCAACCUGUGAUGACCAGGCCACACGCAAGCAUGACAAGCGGAGAUGGUGGUGUAAGAAAUGCAACAAGUCCUUCACGCCAUGUCGUCUUCCACGAUGGUCUGCCAAGACCCAACCCGUCUCCAACUCCCUUCCACAAUGUGGACGAUGUCUCCACUAUGCCACCCGCAGACAUGACCGUCGGAGAUUCUGGUGUGGAUUCUGCAAGAAGCCAUUCACACAACAAUUCACUCUUGGAGUCAACUCACAUAUUAUUUAUGUCAUGGAGAAUAAGUUGAACCCAAUGGAUGGUGGCGCCAAUGAUGAUGCCUCUGGGUGGUACUCCUGGCAAUCAAUGUCCAUGUCCAAUCAAUCAUUCAUCGAUGACAACAACAACAUCCACGCAUCAGGUAGCCGAAUGCCUGAAAUGCAAUCACCACCCAAAUCCAGAGAUAUAAGCAUGAUCAAUUCAUUAUUGAACCCAAUCCAACAACAACAACAAUCAACAACAUGUACUUCCACAUCAUCCUCCACCUCCACCUCACCUUCCACCUCACCAACAUUAACAUCCAACAACAACUACAACAACGCCAUCUUCAACGGUAAAAGGUUCGAGAUGGAGUCAAGCCGAAUGCCACCAAUGCCAAACAAGUUCCCAAAGUGUGACGACCAACUCAGACGAUCAACUCCACUAUCCUUCUCAAUGGAUAGUCACCACCAGCAGCUGAGACACAACAACAGCAACAACACUGGCAAUCAACAGCAGCCUGACUCCAUUUUCGGCACAUUGGCCAACCUUUAUGAGAUCAUUGAGAAUGACGAGAGGAUGUCAAUGUCGAACAGGGGACAGGCAAACAAGGUGCAUUGA